AUGUCGAAUGAGAGCGACGCCAAAGGUUCGAAUCAAGCCGCUCCGGAGUCAUCGCAAAUGCGGUGGCAAUUUAUCGAUGCAUCCAACAACAGUCGGAGCAAUCUGACGCAAGUCAAACGACAUGUGAUGCAAGAGUAUAUGCGGCAAAAGCGCAAUGUCGAUGACAGCGAACAAGAUGAUCAAGAGCCCACGAAACCCGACAAAGAAACCCGGCAGCAAACCCGCCGCCGGUCGAGGAAGCCCCAAUCUUCAGCCAAAAGUCCUAGUGAAAAAGCGAAGAAAGGGAAAAAUAAAGGCAAAGAGCGAAGCGACUCUAAGCACCAGCCUGCGCAGAGCGAUAGAGGCUCAGCUGUUCGGACCCAGACAUCGGAUGAUGAUAAGGUUGUGGAGGAGAUCGAACGGCAUUUUGUUACAAAGCCGACAGGUCAAGCUUUGAAGCUACCAUACAGGGGAGCGACUCCUUCAGCUCCUGGACUGGCGGUCCCCCCUGAACUCCUAGAGCAGUACGCUCUAAAUGACCAGAGCAGUAUAUCAGAACAUAGCAAUGGAACACCUCUUUCCUCGGCCCCAACGUCUCCCUUCAACCUCGGUCUUUCCCCUAAGACCAUCCUCAGCGCCGCUCGAACGGAUCCGUUCAAUUGUCUUCCCAUGGAAUUGGGUCUUGAAGGCCAAAGAUUGUUCGAUUUCUACGUGAAUGAGAUGCCCGCCUGUUCAUAUGGCUCACAUUUUCGAUCACAGAAGGCUCAUAAUUGGUACACGGCCGUUUUUGUUCCGGAAGGCAUGAAAGGGCCGGUGGCAUUUCAAAAUACUGUUCUUGUCCACGCAGCCAACACAUGGGCGUGGGUUCGGAAUGAAGAGGAGACUGAUUAUACCUUAGCCCAUCGCAAUCGAUCAAUUUCUAUGCUUCGAGAUCACAUGGCAAAGCAUCCCGGGGAUAUCUCUGACCAGGCCAUCAUAGCCUGUCUCAGCGCCGCAGGGCUUGAGGACUUCGAUCCUCGACCGGGGCGCAAACCAGUAAGCUGGGUACACAUGCGAGCCGCAAGAGAAAUGAUUCGUGCGCGGGGGGGACCAGCUGCCUUUGAGGGGACGCGGUUGGGCAUGUUGAUCAAUUGGCAAGACUAUAUUCUAUCCGGCUAUGAAACCAACGGAUCGAGCUUCUUCUUUGAACACAACCCUCUUCCACAAAGACUGCCCGAGCACGGUCAAUCACCAGACCCGAACUCUUCUCCAUUUUUCUCAUCACCAUCUCCUUCUCACUCGAUACCCUCAAUAUCCACUGAAAGCACAACCCGUAUGCCCGGGCUUGGGUUCGCCGAAGCAGCUCUCCCUCAGCAGUAUUUUUCGCCCGCUGAUGAGCUUCAGCAUCAGUGUGAUGAGUUCAUCUAUUUUCUUAAACGUUGCGAACAACUCGCUUUUCAACAUCAAGGCGUCUAUAGUGGUUCCGUGCCGUCGACGCGACGCGCCGCAUUCCAACAAAAUUCACUCCUCUAUCAAAUCAUCGCUGCACCGCCUGGAAUACGAUUCACGGCGUCGGGGAACCGUAAGCAGUUUGUUGCACGCUUGGUCGUCCUCAUUUUGCUGAAUGCAGGCCUCUGGGACUAUCGAUACUCCAUACAACACAGCGAAACCUUCCUACAGACUCUUCAGCUAGCUAUACUGGAUAGCGAGGUCGAUGUCAGUGGUUCGGUUGAGGCGCUGCUCCAAAUAAUGCUCGAGUGUAACGAUGGGAGUGUCACUGUAGGGGAUCCUCUAUUCCUUGCUACAUCUCUGGGCGUUGAAGGCUUCCCUGACUUCACGCAAUAUUCGGCGACUGCUCAGACUGCGUUUAGCCGGCCUUGGUUCGCGGGUCGGAUGCUCAAAGUUGCGAAGCGACUCAGCUUAGACUCUUGGCUGAGCAUUCAUGAUUUUCUUUUCUCGUGCCUGACCCUACAGCCUAUGGUCGGGUGGGUAGCGUUAUGGCAGGGGGCGCUCCGAAAGGAAAUCCUCAGCGCGCCGCUCACGAGCUAUAUCAUGCCAGCGCUUGUGGCACGAUGA